UUGUCAUAUACAACAUGUCAAACUCACAAUUCUUUGAUUAAUGUUUAAAAUUUUGUUUAUAAAUUUGUGCAUCAUUCGAGAUGGUGGUUAAUAUUACUGAUAAAUUAAUGGAAGAUUUAGAACGACAAGAAUUAGAGGCCCCUAAUGGAAAUGCACCAGCAUACGUUUAUCAGCAGUUACUAGCCAUAUAUUUAUAUCAAAAUGAUUUAUGUAACGCCAAAUAUUUGUGGAAAAGGAUUCCACCGACAAUAAAGGCCUCGACUCCGGAACUAGCCAAUAUUUGGGCCGUAGGGCAAAGCAUGUGGACGAGAGACUUUCCUGCUAUAUACAAAGCUUUAAAUUCUGUUACGUGGUCUGAAACGGUCUCUGAAAUUAUGAGACAAGUUCAAGAGGUUGUCCGAUCGAGGGCUGUUGAUUUGAUAUCCCAAGCCUACUCGUCGAUAAGUCUGGAUACAGUAUCUGCCAUGACAGGUUUGCCUCCUGAGGUUUGCGUACCUUCUUGCUUGGAGAAGGGGUGGAAAUUUGAUGCGGAUACCAAAAUGGUGCACCCCGUGCGGCAGGUCGUUCAGCAUUUAGGCCAGACCAGUAGCGAAGAUCAACUUUCUAAAUUGACUGAUUUCGUCUCGUUUCUUGAAAAUUAAUUAUUUUUUUAGGUUCGUAGUUCAACUAAGGUUUUUUUUUUAUUGAAUAAACAGAGAUAGGUUGGUAAUUUAAUUCGAAAGGUUUUCAAUUUUGUUGGUUAAUUUAGGCAUUCGGUUUGAAAAUUUUAUUUUACAAAAAUUAUUUGUGUUAAGAUGAUAAUGUAUUAGGAACUGAGUUUUCUUCGUUGAAACUCUAAUUUAAUUUUCUCUUCAAUCUUAUCUUUAUCAAUAGUCACCUAAAAGAAG